GCUUCAUAAGACGUAAAAUCCAGAGUUAAACCUGUCAGUGUCAACUCCAUCCUCACACAAUCCUAAAGUGUAACAUCGACGUCUCUGAUUGGUUAGCACCAUCCAUUUAGAACUCCAAACAAAGGUCUCUUGACCAAUCAGAUUCCUGGUUAGUCUGUUUUACUUCGACCACAAUGAGGGAAAUCGUACAUCUGCAGGCAGGCCAGUGUGGAAACAAAAUUGGAGCCAAGUUCUGGGAGGUAAUAAGUGACGAACAUGGGAUCGACCCGACCGGAACCUACCACGGGGACAGCGACCUGCAGCUGGAGAGGAUCAACGUGUAUUACAACGAGGCAACAGGUGGCAAGUAUGUCCCUCGUGCAGUGCUGGUGGACUUGGAGCCAGGAACGAUGGACGCUGUGAGGUCUGGUCCGUUUGGCCAGGUCUUUAGACCAGACAACUUUGUCUUUGGCCAGAGCGGAGCAGGUAAUAACUGGGCUAAAGGCCACUACACUGAGGGGGCCGAGCUGGUGGACUCUGUCCUGGAUGUGGUGAGGAAGGAGGCAGAGAGCUGCGACUGCCUCCAAGGCUUCCAGCUCACACACUCCCUUGGGGGAGGCACCGGCUCCGGCAUGGGCACACUGCUCAUCAGCAAAAUUCGAGAGGAGUAUCCCGACCGCAUCAUGAACACCUUCAGCGUGGUGCCAUCACCCAAGGUGUCAGACACAGUGGUGGAACCCUACAAUGCCACCCUGUCUGUCCACCAGCUGGUGGAGAACACAGAUGAGACCUACUGCAUUGAUAAUGAGGCCCUGUAUGAUAUAUGCUUCCGCACACUGAAACUGACCACACCCACCUAUGGCGAUCUCAACCACCUCGUCUCAUCCACUAUGAGCGGGGUUACAACCUGCCUGCGUUUCCCCGGCCAGCUCAAUGCCGAUCUGAGGAAACUGGCCGUCAACAUGGUGCCCUUUCCCAGGCUGCACUUCUUCAUGCCAGGCUUUGCCCCCCUGACCAGCCGGGGCAGCCAGCAGUACAGGGCAUUGACAGUUCCUGAACUCACCCAGCAGAUGUUUGAUGCCAAGAACAUGAUGGCUGCUUGCGACCCACGCCACGGGCGCUACCUUACAGUCGCGGCCAUCUUCCGAGGCCGCAUGUCCAUGAAGGAAGUGGACGAGCAGAUGCUGAAUGUACAGAACAAGAAUAGCAGCUACUUUGUGGAGUGGAUCCCCAACAACGUCAAGACAGCCGUCUGCGACAUCCCUCCCCGCGGCCUCAAGAUGGCCGCCACUUUUAUUGGCAACAGCACAGCCAUUCAGGAGCUGUUCAAACGCAUCUCAGAGCAGUUCACCGCCAUGUUCCGCCGCAAGGCCUUUCUCCAUUGGUACACGGGCGAGGGCAUGGAUGAGAUGGAGUUCACAGAGGCUGAGAGCAACAUGAACGACUUGGUUUCCGAGUACCAGCAGUACCAGGACGCCACUGCUGAGGAAGAGGGCGAGUUUGAGGAGGAAGGCGAAGAGGAUAUGGGCUAGAAGCCUACAGUACUAUGAUCUGUUUCUUUAUUUGCAAGAGUUUAAUUUAGGGCUGGGCGAUAAGGAUUAUUGGUUUAAAAUAAAUAACUUGGAGAACUAAAAACAAAAUUUCCAUUGAAAGUUAUUUAUCAAACGAUAACAUUGACCUUUUGUUCAGCCUUCAUUUUUAAAGGUUCCUAUUUUUCCUGUUUAGUGCUUCUUCCUUCCUGUUUUCAACUUCUCCUGUUUCCUGUCUGUUCAAAGUGACGUUAAAGUGAUGCAUCCCUUUUUAAAAUCUGUACAUGGUGAAAGAGAAUGUAACAUUGGGCACUUUUCCUCUGUUUGAUAUGGAAAGUCACACAUGAUAGUAGAAUUAAUUUCAUUUAUUGAAAAUGCACUACAAGACUUAAGAUUUUAAAUUAUGUCAGGACCUUCUCCCUGUUACUGUGUUUUUCUGUGAUGUUACUAACCUGAAAGGUUUAGAUGGGUUUUAAUAAAGACUUGAAUUGAUGCUAAA